CUUGACGACAGCUUCUUGCCACUUUUAUCUUCAAUUCCUCUUCAAAAGCUGUAACACCUUUCGUUCUCGAGGUUCUAUGGAAAUUUACACUUCAUGCUGGCAAAAAGGGGGAACUAGAGCUUAGCAGCAACCCCCUCCCUCCCUCUCUUCAGCAAACAAUAUCCUCUUUUGGACCCAACCAGCCCCCGUUUUUUAUGUUAUCUCUUUGGUUUUAGCGUGGCACACACACGCAGUGGAGAUGAUUGUCUGGGCAGAUGGUGCUCAGUGUGUGGACUAGAAGCUGAGACAAGGCAAGAGAGGGACAGACUCCUCAUCCAUCAUGGGAUGCUGCAGUGUGACCCAGAGGCAUACUGGAGUGGACGAGGUGGGCCCUGAUGAGAUUGAGCUCCUGGAACUCUCUGGAGACAAUUUAGGAGUGUGGAGUCUUGGGGAAACCAGGCUUCAGCUGUCAGUCAGGAAUAGCAGAGAUGAGCAGCAGCCACCACCACCACCACCACUGGCCCGCUACCCUUCAAUACGACACCUGGAACAAGAGGUGGUGCUGUGGGGCAGGAGCAGAGACGAGUUGCACCACAGGAUUUACUCCAAGCAGCCAAUCAGGGACUGGGAGGGCCAGCCUCCCCACAUGUAUGGAGAGAUCAUCCACUCCUCCCUGGUGUCUCUCUGCAACAGCUACACACAGGAAACCAGUGAACACUUCCUGGUGUUGUUCUCUUUCCACCUACUGAUCCUCUCCCUGGACCACUCUCGACAAGACUUCAUUUAUGAGGGCAUCCUUCCCCUUUCUGGACUUUCCUUGCAAGCUGUCUCCCUGGACCCUGACACGUCCCAUUCACCACACAUGUUUGAGAUCAGCAAUCCAGUGAUGGACUCCAAGGUCUUCAUAUGUGCCAGCGCUGCAGAGUUACAGAAAUGGAUUCAACACAUAGAAGACAGGAGAUACAAGUCAAUGGCACAACCCAUGAGUCCCUCCCAUUGCGCUCUCUCCUAUCUAUUUCCCUGUGAUGAGCACUGGAAAAGAGAAGAACUGAAAAAGUACUUACUGCAAGCUCCGAUAUGGCAGUGGGAGGGCUCACCGAUACAGCACAUGGGUCUGCCGGGAUGCAUAUCUAUGGUCCAUAUCAUCAACACACAGAGACAGGGACUCCAAGAAAGACUGAUGGUUCUCUUCCCUCAAGACAUCCUGCUACUGUCAGUUGACAACAAGCGUCUGAAUAUAAGAUAUGAGGGCAGGUUGCCCCGACAAAGCAUCAAAGCGGUGGAGAGGUCAGCCCUGCCCGGACGGCUGGAGUUUGAGCUGAUGGGUGAGCUGGUGGAGCCCCUGCUAGUCUCUUGUAGCUGUCAGGAGGAUUAUUGGAACUGGAUCUUUCAACUACAACAGCCAGACAGAAACAGCCACGUUACUGUGAGUCACGCUCCACCUCCAAUCAUGCCAAAGCUGCAGAGAAGCAGGAAGGAGUCCCAGGAGCCGAUGAUAAAAGCCAACCAAUGUCACAUCAAUGGACACAGCUGACUCAACAGAAAAAGUUACGAAAAUUGCUGUAAUUAUAAAUCGAGAAUAACAUGUAGAUAGUAUGUACAUAUUACUUUUAUGUCCAGUUGUGUCACAAAAUGGAGAUACAGCAGUGAAGUGUUCUCACCCUAGUUUUGAUAUAUCUAGGUGAUUUUGCCACCCUGAGGGACUGAAAAGAUACUUUUAGUUCUCUUUGAUAUGGGGACAAACAGAAACAAGGUCAUGACCCAGUUUAAAGCCAGACCACAGCUGAAGAAAUGUUAGAUGUAGAUACUGUGGAGCUCUAAAUGUUACUAAGAAAUAGAAACUGGAGGAACUGAACAUAUUUAGCUUCGAUAUCUUAACCAUAAA